AUGGGAGACGACAGGCCGGUUGUGGAGUUUAUGCUGAUGCUGUUUCUCGGCACUUUCUCGUUUAUGCUGUUUCCAGAGAUGAUCACGACGUCUGUGAAGAAUGCAGGGUAUUUUGAAGGGAACAGAACAGUGCGGGACUUGAGUUUUUUAGCCAAGCCGAUGGGUGAAAGUAUGGUGCUUUAUGACAGAAGUGGACGAGCAGAAAGGAUCAGCAUGAACAGCAUUCCAAGCGGGUCUCCAAUAACACAGGCAAUGCAUCAGGUAUGCAAAGAGGGCAAAGCAUGGCUGAAUGUUCAGAUUGAUGAGGAGGCUUGCUGUGUGUUUAUACGAACGCAAUCGCCGAUUCCUGACUACAUAUUCAGAUUAAACAAGAUACCUAAUAAGAAUCUGUCGCCAUUAGAAAUGGUUCUGUCAUUGGACAACCUCUAUUCUGCAAAAAAGACAUUUGAAAAGAAAAUAGUGAAGACGCUUGCAUAUCUGAUGCUGAGGGAAAGCCUAACGGACAAGCUUGUUCUGUUAUAUGAGCAGAUGCUGGUGAUAGUCAACGAGAGCAACCGGAUGUUUCUUUUUGAUCUUGAGAUUAACCAGGCUCUUGCGAAUGUGUUUAUGAGGGCAAGGACGAAUCUGAAUGUGUUUAUUGCAGCAUUUAGCAUAAGUGAAAGCACAUUGUUUAUGUACACAUCGAAAGCAUCGAGUGAAUUGCCGUAUAGCAAGGCAUUUGAGGCGCGGUUUGCAAAGAUGUUUCCGGAUAAAAAGGACAUCUGGAUAAAAAAGAGCCUAUCUGUAGAUGAUUACAAACGCCUGAGUUUGAUAAUAAGCGACGAAGAAAGAAGCGAAGCAAUGAAUGUGUUGAGCUUGUACUUGAAUGACUGCACAAAGUCGGAAAGACAGAUUUCUGAAGAGAUAAAAAGGCAAUGCGAGAGCAUCCUUGGCAGAGAUAUGAAUGCGAUUUAUUGA